CUCUGUCAACAGACAAAAGACACCCAUCGGUCUUUACCGUAUCCCUUUACCUCCGACCGCCUACCAACCCAAGAAGAGGGGCGGAGUCUAUGCAGUACCACCUCCAAAAGAUAUGAUGUCCGCUAGCUCUUCCACAGCAUCUACUUUCGAUCAGUUCUCCAUGUACUUCCCACCUAGUACAACUUUCAACUAUUCCAGCUACAGCACACCUAUGCAAUCACCAUCCUUCUUUCCAAACAUGGGUUAUCCAUCUCCUAUGUCUGUUCAAACCGAUAACUCCUCUACUUCCUUGGAGAAAAAGAGAAGUCGCAAGUACAAAACCCCCUCUCCUCAAGUUCUCCGCUUACGACGAACAGCAGCCAACGAGAGAGAAAGGAAGAGAAUGAACCAUCUCAACGUUGCUUAUGAUAAGCUUCGAACAGUUCUUCCGGAAAUAGACUCUGGUCGUCGUCUUUCCAAAUUCGAAACUCUCCAAAUGGCCCAAGAGUACAUCAACAGUCUGGCUGAAAUCCUUAGAGACCCCACAAGUCCAGAAUCUGUCUCUCCAGCGGGACAAUCGUCGUCACAGUCGAACAAGCAUUACAAGAAGAGUCUGUGA